CCGCCGCCGGAGGAGGAAAAAAAACAGUAAGUGCGUAAAAAAGUCCUCGCCUUGGUGACGGAUGCUCAAAAGUUCAGAAGUUUUUCCAAUGCUUCCCAAAGCUGCCCGCGACCGAAAAAGAGACUGAAAAAAAAAAAAGAACCACCCCCCAAAAGAGUUGACAUCGGGAGACCGGGAAGGUGGAUAUUUGUAAAUUCCCCUUAGAAAGAAACCACCACUUUUGUCCCCUCCUGGGCAGAGACAACGUGUUGCCGAUCCCGGUGGAGCCAGGCGCUGGGCGUGUGGGAGCCGCUCGGCCCAGGGCGUUUAUUUUGGCAUUGGAAGUGGCUUUCUCCGCGGCAAGCACUGGUGUGGAGUGCGGGGCUUUUGCGGGUGCCUUUUACAGGCCGAAGAAGAGGCGGCUUCCCCCCCCCCUCCGCUUGUGUGCGAGGCCGGGGGGUGACUGAUCGCCGGCAGGACCUCGGUCUGGAGGGGCCGGGGGGGGGAGGGAGGGAGGGAAAGUUGUUUGGUCCGGCGGGGAGGGUGCGGGAACCUGACGGGAGGACAUGCAGGCUCGCUACUCGGUGUCCAGUCCCAACUCCCUGGGAGUCGUGCCUUACCUCGGCGGGGAGCAGAGCUAUUACCGGGCCGCUGCGGGAGGGGGCUACACCGCCAUGCCGGCCCCGAUGAGCAUGUAUUCGCACCCGGCCCACGAGCAGUACCCGGCCGGCAUGGCCAGAGCCUACGGACCCUACACCCCGCAGCCGCAGCCCAAGGAUAUGGUGAAGCCCCCCUACAGCUACAUCGCCCUCAUCACCAUGGCCAUCCAGAACGCGCCGGACAAGAAGAUCACCCUGAACGGGAUCUACCAGUUCAUCAUGGAGCGCUUCCCCUUCUACCGGGACAACAAGCAGGGCUGGCAGAACAGCAUCCGCCACAACCUCUCGCUCAACGAGUGCUUCGUCAAGGUGCCCCGGGACGACAAGAAGCCCGGCAAGGGCAGCUACUGGACGCUGGACCCGGACUCCUACAACAUGUUCGAGAACGGCAGCUUCCUGCGGCGGAGGCGGCGCUUCAAGAAGAAAGACGCCGUCAAGGACAAGGAGGAGAAGGACCGGCUGCACCUCAAGGAGCAGCCCCAGCCCCGGCAGCACCCGCAGGCCGAGCAGGAGAGCGGCGGGGCCGGGGGCGCGGCGGGGAGCGGGGCCGGCUCGCAGCCGCCGCCGCCGGUCCGCAUCCAGGACAUUAAGACCGAGAACGGCACCGCCUCUCCCCCGCAGGCCGUCUCGCCUCCCGGCGGGGGAGCAGCGGCCCUCAGCAGCGCCGUGCCCAAGAUCGAGAGCCCGGACAGCAGCAGCAGCCUGUCCAGCGGCAGCAGCCCCCACAGCAGCCUCCCCUCCAGCCGCUCGCUCAGCCUGGAGGCGCCCGACCCCCAGCACCAGCCGCAGCAGCCGCACCACAGCCAAGGCUUCAGCGUGGACAACAUCAUGACCUCCCUGCGGGGCUCGCCCCAGGGCGCCACCGAGCUCAGCUCCAGCCUCCUCGCCGCCUCCUCCGCCUCCUCCUCCUCGGCCGCCUCGUCCCGGACCGGCGUCCCCCCCUCGGUGGCCCUCGGCAGCUACUCCCCGGGCCAGAGCUCCCUCUACAGCUCGCCCUGCAGCCAGGGCGCCAACCCGGGCAGCGGGGCCGCGGGCGGGGGCACCUACCACUGCAACAUGCAAGCCAUGAGCCUGUACGCCGCGGCCGCCGCCGCUGGGGGAGGCGAGCGGGCCGGCCACCUGGCCAGCAGCGGGGCCAGCCCGGUGGAAGACCCCCUGCCCGACUACGCCAUGCCCAGCAACAGCAGCGCCUCCUCGCUGGGCCACGGCAGCUUGAGCACGGCGGCCGGCCACCAGGAGGGGCACCACGCGCACCCCGCCGCGCACCAAGGCCGCCUGGCCUCCUGGUACCUAAACCAAGCCACGGCGGCGGGAGACCUGGGCCACUUGGCCAGCGCCGCCGGCUACCCCGCCCCGCAGCAGAACUUCCACGCGGUGCGGGAGAUGUUCGAGUCCCAGCGGCUGGGCUUGAACAACUCGCCGGUGAACGGGAACAGCAGCAGCUGUCAGAUGGCCUUUCCCUCCGGCCAGUCUCUCUACCGCACCUCAGGGGCUUUCGUGUACGACUGCAGCAAGUUCUGACCAACACCAGGCCCGGCGGACAGCCCCCCCGAACAAUACAGAGAAAAGGCCAAACUUCAAGCAAGGACUAGAUCUUGUCUUUAACAAACCAAGCCGCCUCCUGCAAGCAGCGAGCACCCGAGCGAACUCUCACAUAGUUUGUACAGAGACAGCCCCCCCAAAAAUAAAAAUAAGUCAUGCCUUGGUUUGUUAAAAGGACAGUGUUACUCCAAAUAACACGUAAGUUUUUUUAUUGCUUUUGAGAAAUACUCCCCCCCACCCACUCCCCCCAUCUCAUAAGGUAUUAUUAUUAUGCCCUGUGUUUAAAAGAGGACAAAAUAUGCAGUAUAGAUUACAAGCUUCCCCCGCCCCCCAAGGACUUGUUUUAAAAUGUAAAUUGCGAUAUAGUAAUUUAUUUUUAAUGUGUAGUUGGAUGUUGUGGACCAAACGCCAGAAAGUGUUUUCCCCCCGAAAACGGACAUUAAAAGUGCCUGAAACGUUGAUUUUUUUUCAUUAUAUAUAAAAAGGGAAACUGUAUUAAUCUUAUUCUAUCGAUUUUUUUCCUGAAAAUAUUCUGAGGUAUUGCAUUGUUUGUUUAUUAAUAAAUUACCAUUCAAUUG